AUGGCCGCUGAUCCUGAGAUUGAGUUGCAAGUGAAGCCUGUGCCCACCGUCCAUCAUCACCCGGAGGCCGCUGGCGGCCCCUCGUCGCCCGAAGCUGCUAGCCGCAUCUCCUUUCACUACCAUGGCCCCGAUAACGAUGGUGAUAAGUAUGAACGCUGUGCGACGUGCCACGAUGGUCCUGCCCCUUACCGCUCCCGUUCGUCCCGUCGUAGAUCACGCUCCCGAGACUCCACCGCGAGUGCCAGGAGCCGUCUGCAAGCUGCCUCCGUCUAUGGCGAGAUCCAGAUAGAGUACCGCACCCUCUCCAUCCAGGUCUCAGAGGCCAAGGCUGCCGCCGAGGAUGAUGACGAUGACAGCCUGUCCAAGGCCUUGCUGAGCGAGCCCAACCCUCGUCUGGACGAGUACUUCUUUCAUCUGCCCUACCACGAACUCCAGGUCCAUCAGCUCUGUAGCCAGCUCGCCGUCGAUCACACGAAUGGCCUUACCGAAGAGGCUGCUGCCCUCCGCCUGGCAUCCAAUGGCAAGAACGCGUUGCCUAGGCCCAAGACCAACUACACCAAGAAGAUCCUCGGCUAUGUCUUCGGCGGCUUCUGUUCCGUCCUCUGGAUUGGUUCCCUCAUUUUCUUCAUCUGCUGGCGCCCUCUGAGCGACCCGCCGUCUCCUCAGAAUCUCUCUCUUGCUAUCCUCAUUCUGGUGGUCAUUUUCCUUCAGGCCAGCUUCUCUGCCUUCCAGGACUGGUCCACCGAGAGAACUAUGAACUCCAUUUUGGAACUGCUCCCUUCUGAUACCAUGGUAACGCGAGAAGGUCAGCUCAAGAUUGUGCCUUCGUGUGACUUAGCUACUGGUGACAUCGUGCACCUCCGCAUUGGCGACAAGGUCCCUGCCGACAUUCGGAUUCUUAACCAUUCGGGGGACGUCAGGUUCGACCGGGCUGUAUUGACUGGGGAGGGUGAGGAAAUUGAGGGCUCUAUUGAACCAACCGAUAGAAAUUUCCUGGAGACACGCAAUAUUGCCUUCAUGGGAACCGUUGUUGUCAAUGGCAGCUGUGUUGGGAUGGUUGUUCUCACCGGCGAUCGCACCGUCAUGGGCCGUAUUGCUCGGUCAACCUUUAGUAUCAAGCAGCAGAGCACACUGAUCCAACGCGAGAUCUGGCGAUUCGUCAGGAUCAUUGUUUGCCUUACGAUUUGUCUUGCCCUGACUAUUCUUUUCACCUGGGUAGGGUGGCUGCGAGUCGAUCACCCCGAUUUCCUUAACAUCCCAGACAUGCUUGUCCAGGUCAUGGCUUGCGUUGUUGCCUUCAUCCCUGAAGGGAUGCCCGUCUCUGUCGCUCUCACAGUUCUCCUUAUCGCACGCCGCAUGAAGACCACCAACAUCCUUCCCAAAGAUCUGACCACCGUCGAGACACUGGGUUGUGUCAACGUCAUCUGCUCUGAUAAAACCGGCACCCUGACUAAGGGGAAGAUGUCGGUCAAGUCCGUCGCAUUUGCCGAUCAUGAGUUCAAAUCGACAGAGGAGUUCCAUCGUGUCAACGAUGAGCGAGAUGGCGACAUGUCCGCCCCGACUUCAGCCCUUCAGCGUGCCGCCCUUCUCUGCAAUGACGCCUCAUUCAGUCCUACAACAAUGCACCUCCCAAUCACAGAUCGUAGGGUACAGGGAAACCGCACCGACGCUGCUAUCUUCCAAUUUGCUGCCGCUGGUUCGGCUGGUGAUGAUCUCAAACAUGCCACAACCCGCGUCCUCGAAAUCCCAUUCAAUUCAAGAAACAAAUGGAUGCUCACACUUUUCGACUCACCUCCUCGACCCAGUGAGGAUGAGGAUGAUGUCCGCUCCUACCAUGCGAUAAUCAAGGGGGCCCCGGAUGUAUUACUCCCUGCUUGUACCAGUUAUUGGUCGGCCAAACACAACUCGGUACGGCCGAUGGAUCAUGAAGCCCGUGAUUCCAUCCGAAGACUCCAAGAUACUCUGUCCAAACGGGCAGAGCGCGUCAUUCUCAUCUGUGAGAAGACUAAUAUUACCACCACCGCACCUCCAAGAACCAACGCCUUCAGCAGUGAAAUAGCCUUGGUGGCCCUCAGCAACCUGACAGUUGUGGGAAUUGUCGGCAUCAUCGACCCUCCGCGACCCGGCAUCAGCCACACCAUCAGCGAAUGCCGCCGCGCUGGGACGCGAUUCUUCAUGGUCACCGGAGACUACGCCCUCACAGCCGCUGCCAUUGCCAGGGAAAUUGGUAUUUUCUCCGCUGAUCGCGAACUAGAUACCAUCAACACAAUCCAACAAAUCACAGCCGGCGGCACCCAUCCUAUGAUUCAAGAGGCCAAAGUGACAAAUCAGACCAACUGUCUCCUCCUUGACGGCGCCCACAUUGCACGGUUGACCGAGGACGACUGGAACGUAGUGUGCAGCUACGAGGAGAUUGUCUUCGCGCGAACCACACCCGAGCAAAAGCUGCGCAUCGUCAACGAGCUUCGCAACCGCCACAACAUCGUCGCCCUCUCAGGUGACGGAGUCAACGACGCACCGGCCAUGCGUGCCGCGGAUGUCGGUAUCGCCGUAGCCUCGGGGAGUGACAUUGCUAUUGACGCUGCGGAUCUGAUUCUCCUCGAUCAAUUCCACUCCAUUGUUGACGCCAUGCGAAUGGGACGCUUGGUGUUCCAGAAUCUCCAAAAGGUCAUUUGCUACCUCCUUCCAGCUGGUUCGUGGUCUGAGAUCUGGCCCGUCAUUCUUAACGUCUUUUUCGGCACGCCUCUUCCCCUAGGCGCGUUCCUCAUGGUUGUCAUUUGCGUUUUCACCGAUCUGUUCCUUAGUCUGUCGCUCAUCAUGGAGAAGGAGGAGUUUGAUUUGCUAUCACUCCCGCCGCGAGAUCACCGCAAAGAUCACUUAAUCAACGCCAAGAUUUACGGGCAGGCUUACUUCUUCACCGGGACUAUCGAGACUCUCAUAGCCCAUAGCAUGUUCUUCCUUUACAUGUGGCAGUACGCCAAAAUACCCAUCCGUGACCUCUUCUUUUUGUACGAGAAGUAUGGAGAAGGGUAUUACGGAUACACGGAAGCCCAGCUAGAUCAGUUCAGGGCCACUGGGCAGUGCGUCUACUUCAUCACCCUGCUCUACAUGCAAUGGGGGAACGUCCUCGCCGUCCGGAACCGCCGCAUGAGCAUCCUCCAGUCAGACCCCAUCCGGAAGCAGCGGAGGAACCCAUGGCUUGUUGUCAGCAUACUCGUCAGUCUGGCGAUCGCCAUCUUCGUGACGGAGGUCCCGGGUAUCCAACGACUGUUUGAUACAGCCUCGGUGCCGAUUGAGUUUUGGUUCAUCCCGUUGCCCCUCGGAUUGAGUAUUUUGUUCAUGGACGAAAUCCGUAAAUUGAUUGUUCGGACGUAUCCGGAGUCGCUGCUAGCCAAGGUGGCGUGGUAA